ACCUCGUCGCACUCAAUUCUAUCGCGCAGAUCAGCAACCAGUACCACAUCAUCGCGCGCAUCAUCACCGAUCAAGCGUGAACGAGGGAUGCGUUACGCUGAUGACCUCCCUCUGCUUCGAAGGUCGCUAAAGGAUCCACGAUUGCCUGCACGCCUCGGGCCGCUGUUGAAGGAUGUACGAGCCGUAUCGACGAAGAAACAUAUCAUGCCAUUGGCCUUAAAAGAGGAGAUCGAGGCUCUUUACUCGCCAUUCGAAGCUAUCAGCGACGACAUGUUCUUUGGUGGUGAGGACGACGAGGACGAAAGCGAGGAUGGCCACAACCAAUCCAAGGUUGUCAAAGUUAAUGACGAUCAUGCCAAGCGUCAUCGAGAUCGGUUAUGGCAAUUGGGGCGUAUCUGCGACGGUACAGAGGAGUGCAGCGAUCCGAGCCGGCAGACGUUCGAGGUUGAGUGGAACGACGUGGUGCACUCGCCUAUGCUCCGGCUCGCCUGUCGCCAACAAUCGUCACUGCGCUGUCGGAACCUGACGUCGGUGCAAGUUGACGGCCGCUACGGCGAUGCCGCGAGAACGGUUAGAAGGGGCGGUGGCGGAGCAGCGACAGCAACUCUAUGCGACUGUCGCAUUGACUUCGGGAUCUUCCUCGCGCCACCCGAGAAGUCAGACCUGCAGUAUCGUAUCUUCGAUCUGAUGUCGCGCGAUGUCGAUCAGGUUCGGCAGCUCAACCACCUCAAUGCCUUCGAGCCGGACUGGCCCCUUGCCGUUAGUGUCGAGACUAAGCGUCUCGCUCCUGGUGUUGAAAAGGCUUCAGGUCAAUUGGCUAGCUAUGGUCGGGCCCAGCUACGCUUGAUGCAGCAGUUUCCAGAUCCGCAGGUAGAAGAAACGAGGGAGAAAGAGCCUGCUGAGAGAGGGAUUAGGGGAGGCUCAGAAACGAUUCUGCCGCAGCUCAAAGUCGUCAGCGCGCAGUGGGAGUUGAGUUUCAUCGUCCGUGAAGGUCCCAAUGCAGUAGCAUAUGGUCCCUUUGGCUUGGGAAACACGGCCUCACUUUCGGGGUGUUAUCAGGUCUUCAAAUCCCUGUGCAUCUUAUUUAGGUGGGCGGAGCGCGAGUGCUACGAUUGGUGGUUGAGACAUAUCUCGGUUACAUGAUUGAAUAAUGCUAUUUGGAUCCUCGCACGUACAAUGAACGACUUGUGAUUUUGCCAACA